GCUAAGCAACACGUGACCUCCAACAAAUAUGGCCGCCACGAUGCACUCAAAAAAGCGGGUUUGUUACUAUUACGAUGGGGACAUUGGAAACUACUAUUAUGGCCAAGGGCACCCCAUGAAACCCCAUCGCAUGCGGAUGACACAUAAUCUGAUUCUUAAUUAUGGGCUCUACCGGAAGAUGGAAAUCUAUCGGCCACACAAGGCAACGCAGGAGGAGAUGACCAAGUACCACAGCGAUGACUACAUUCGCUUCCUGCGUAGCAUCCGGCCCGACAACAUGUCCGAGUACAACAAACAGAUGCAGAGAUUCAAUGUUGGUGAGGACUGUCCUGUUUUCGAUGGCCUGUAUGAAUUCUGCCAGCUCUCCACAGGUGGCUCCGUAGCUGGGGCAGUGAAACUGAACAAACAAGCGACAGACAUCGCAAUCAACUGGGCCGGUGGCCUCCACCAUGCCAAAAAGUCGGAAGCGUCUGGCUUCUGCUACGUCAACGACAUUGUCUUGGCCAUCCUCGAACUGCUCAAGUACCACCAGAGGGUGCUGUACAUAGAUGUUGACAUCCACCAUGGUGAUGGCGUCGAAGAGGCCUUCUACACAACUGAUAGAGUGAUGACGUGUUCCUUCCACAAGUAUGGGGAGUACUUUCCCGGCACGGGUGAUCUCAGGGACAUUGGAGCAGGCAAGGGCAAGUACUAUGCCGUCAAUUUUCCCCUCAGGGAUGGCAUCGACGACGAGUCGUACGAGAGCAUCUUCCAGCCGCUCAUCUCGAAGGUGAUGGAGAUGUACCAGCCCAGCGCGGUGGUGCUGCAGUGUGGCGCCGACUCCCUGUCGGGCGACCGGCUCGGCUGCUUCAACCUGACCCUGAAAGGCCACGGCAAGUGCGCCGAAUUCGUGCGCCGUUACAACCUGCCCCUUCUUCAACUUGGGGGAGGCGGAUACACCAUCCGCAACGUGGCACGCUGCUGGACCUACGAGACGGCCGUCGCGCUGGGCGUCGACAUUGCCAAUGAGCUUCCGUACAAUGACUACUUCGAGUACUUCGGGCCAGACUUCAAGCUGCACAUCAGUCCUUCCAACAUGGCCAAUCAGAACACACCAGAGUACCUUGAAAAGAUCAGGACACGGCUUUUCGAGAACCUCCGCAUGCUUCCGCAUGCACCUGGUGUCCAGAUGCAACCCAUCCCCGAGGACGCCAUGGAUCAGGAGAGCGAGGACGAGGACAAGGUCAACUCAGACGAACGCAUCAGCAUCCGAGCGUCGGAGAAGCGCGUCGCUUGCGACGAGGAGUUCUCAGACUCGGAAGACGAGGGCGACGGUCGCCGCGACAACCGCUCGCACCGACCCAAGAAGCACCGCAAGGGGCCGGCGCCUGGGUCAGCCGGCGCCGCGACUCCUGGCGCCAACGCAGCCGCAACACCUGGGGGCGGAGCCGCGGUCGCCCCUUCGCCCACGGGCGGUGACGAUGAAGCCCGGACGUCACCUGCCGUGGACGUCAAGGUGGCCGUGCCUGCUGGUGGGGACGGACCACAGGCACUGAAGAAAGACGUUGAUGAUAAGGACGACAAAAAGAUGGACACCUCAACGUCAGAUAAAGAUGCAAAGCCUUGAACUGGAGGGAGUACGCCUUCCGCCCACAUUUCAUGCAAGGAGGAGGGGACGCAAACAGACAUUUUUUUUUUUUUUUUUUAUCACACGCUCCAUCAUAGCCUGCUGAGAGGAUGGAAACAGCCACUCCCAGCGAUGGUGCAAACCCUGGCGAAGAAGCUAUCGCGUGUGUGGGAACAUAGUAGUUGUAUUUAUCAGACUCUUCAAAAGAAGAAACAAAAGUAGUUUUUAUCGUCACGUCACGCUUGUGCACCCUACAGCCCCGAACAUGUGUACCCCCCACCCUUUGCCUACACCUCCCCUCCUUCCUUCGUCUGUCUUUGUCAUCUCUCUCUCAUCAAAACGCAUUUCUUCUCUUGCUCGUGUUCCAGUCCAACCAUGGUGCAUUCCCAUGUGUACAAAGUGUUCAACUCGUCAUCUAAGUGCCCCCUGCACCCGUCUGUUCUCCGUUAUAGGCAUUUUCUUUCUUUUUCCCCCCGAGAGUGUGUUGCGAGUUUUAAAUGGAGGUCUUAAAGAAACAAAACAACCACCCCGACUUGCAUCUGCAGUGGCUGGCAACAAAUUGAGUCUCUAACGCGAUUGAGGGUUCUUGGUCUGCCCUGUAUGAGUGAUUGUGCUCCUGUCUAUCAUUGUUCAUUAAAACUUUUGGGAUGGAUCUUGUUUUCUUA